CUGCAGCUUUGACCAAUCGAAAGUACGAUGAAGUUCACGAUACUAGUUCUAUUUCUAUUGGCUCUAGGGGCCCGAUCAACACCCGUGGAACCCCGGUACAGUCUUGUUUCUGACGCUAACGGAAACCUACAUCUGGUCAAUCCGAAUCCCUACACUGUGAUUGACGCCGAGUUGGAACCAUUUUUCAACGCUGAAACCGAUAUCGUCUUCCGGCUUUUCACCCGAUCCAAUCCAAACGAUGGACAGGUGCUGUUUUGGAAUGACCCAGGAUCUGUUCAUAACUCAAACUUCAACCCAGCUCAUCCAACGCGGUUCACCAUUCACGGUUGGAAUGGAGACGGCACAUCUGAUUUGAACAGUAACACUCGUGGCAACUACUUUGCAAUCGGUGACUUCAACGCUAUCAGUGUCGACUGGGGAGCAGGUGCGCAAACGAUCAACUACAUCAGUGCCAGAAAUCGGGUGGACUCCGUCGGAGAUAUUGUGUCCCGCAUGAUCAAUACACUGGUGACCGCUAGUGGAGCUUCCCGAAACAGCAUCAGCAUCAUCGGUCACAGUUUGGGAGCUCAUGCUGCUGGAAACGCUGGUAAAUACCAAGGUGGUCAGAUUCAUACGAUCGUUGGUUUGGACCCAGCCGGCCCAUUGUUCUCGCUAGGCCAAUCAGAUAUUUUGACUCCCAAUGACGCUCAGUACGUGGAGGCAAUAUCCUCGAAUGCAGGUACGCUGGGAUUCGAUCAACCUCUGGGCCAAGCUACCUUCUUUCCGAACGGAGGAAGUUCACAGCCUGGCUGCGGUAUUGAUUUAACCGGUAGUUGUGCACACUCGCGAUCCCAUGAAAUGUUCGCCGAGUCGAUUUCGUCACCGGUUGGUUUCCGAUCGACCCGAUGUGCAUCUCACAGUGAAGUGGUGGGUGGUGGAUGUACUUCCAGCGGACCGGAUGCGAUGAUGGGUGGCGAGCCGUCGAACCAUGGCCGAGGUGUUAAUGGAGUUUACCGGUUAAAUACUAACUCGAACGCUCCAUUUGCCCAGGGAUAACAUCCCUUUUCAGUUGAUUCUGGACAUACUAAGUAUGUUCUAUUUAUAUUGGAUAAUAGUAGGUUGUAUUCCUCAACGGUAAUUAAUAUUGCAUGAAAACUCAGUUUCGUGAUCAAACGCAUGUCAGCUCUGCUACAUAGAAUGCUCAUAUGGAUUGCGUUUUUACUGACGCAGAGUCGUGCACUGAAUUCUCCAAUUCGAAUGAUGGAAUAUUACAUUGAUACAAGCAUUCAAAUGGGAUAUGCAGCUGCAUCAGAGCUAACUGUUUAGUACUUAAUGGUGUAUAUUUCCCUAAGAUCCUAAUUUAACUUUAAUCAACUCAGGUAGCAGUGUAUAUUUUGAUUUGCUUCCCAUUCUAAAUAAGCAUAAAUACAAUAUUUUUGCUUGAAACUCGUGUCUUUAAUUUAAU